AUGGUUCCUUCCUCAGUGAAUGACGGUGUCCGGCCAAAUUCAAGGAGACGAUGUCGGCCCUCCCGAUCCUGCCGGGAAUGCAGACGGAGGAAAGUAAAAUGUGAUCGACUAGAACCGUGCGGCCAUUGCGUUCUGUCCAAGAAACAAUGUCACUACGGUCACGGAUUAGCUCAAGCCAGUCGAUCUGUGAAUGAGCCUGCUUCCACCAGCCAAGUUGUUCCUGGACGUGGCCCCAAUGUACAUGUACAUGUACCUUACGCUACGCCGCCCCAGGCUUCUGUUUCUGCGAUAGGACCGAGUCCCGCCUCGGAUGCAUCUCGUCUCACUGGGCGUGUGCCAGACGCACAACUCACUGCCCAACCCUCUCGUGGCAUUGCGAGGUCUUCCGACCUCGGAGCAACCACCAACACAAACCUUGACAAUAUCGCAGCUGCUCCACAGGAUGGGAGGAUUUCCUUAAACAAAUCCAGAUUGUUCGGCCAGAGCCACUGGACAAAUUCCACUCUUGAGGUACCCCGUGCACGCCGGCCGCCCACCUAUACCUCGACAGUCUUGGCUAACAUCCAACAGCUCCAAAAGACAGCGGCUGUCCUGGAUUCUGAAAUUGGAAAUGCUACCGACAAUGAAGCGCUUGCACGGUUGAAGUGGGAGAUCGGUUCUCUCCUCCAGAAAUGCAAACUCUGUUCCAAAAGAAUCAAGUCUUCUCGACCAAGCAGGCGCUCCUCAUUUCCACAGGCGUAUCCAUCAAUCGCAAAAGAGGUCGCUGAUCAAAUGGUACAUUUAUAUGUCACUCGCUUUGAGUCUGUGUUUCGCAUACUGCACAUUCCAUCCUUCUGGAUUGAAUAUGAGAAAUAUUGGAGCGACCUUACGGAAGCCGACACUCUCCUUCAACUCAAGAUCCAGCUUGUUACAGCCAUUGGAACUGUUAUUCACCAAGAUACCAUUGGCAAAACAGAUAUCUACUCAACGGCGCGUCAAUGGUUAUACGCCGCGCAGGACUGGCUGUCUGGGCCUAUGAAAAAGAAUCGGAUCAGCAUCGGUAGUCUACAGGUGCAGUGUCUGCUGAUACUGGCUCGGCAGGCUCUUGCCGUCGGGGGAGAUAUCGUUUGGAUAUCGAUGGGGACAGUCGUUCGGACGGCAAUGCAGAUGGGUCUACACCGUGAUCCGAAGCAUUUCAAGAAGAUGGGUAUUCUUGAAGGCGAGAUUCGUCGGAGACUCUGGGCCACCAUCUUAGAGCUGAACGUCCAAGCCGCCUUAGAUGCUGGAGUGCCACCAAUCCUUUCAUUAGAUGACUUUGACACGGAGGCUCCUUCCAACGUCAAUGACAAGGACGUUGAUGAACAGACGGAGACACUCCAGGAGCAUCCCACAACAACGAUAACGGACUCAUCCCUCCAGCGUCUCUUAUUCCAAUCGCUCCGCCCAAGGCUGGAAGUCGCCCGUCGCAUGAACGGUAUAACAUCCGCCCAGUCAGAAAUGUCGUACAACGAACUCGUCGCUCUAACCACCUCAAUUACCAGCACCUGCCGAAUCUGCGUUGCCAAUAUCCUCAGACCUAAUAGCUCGGACAUCGCCUCCUUCCACGGCAACCUUGCAGACCUCCUUCUCCGGCGCUUUCUACUUCAUCUUCAUCGCCCCCUUGCUGGCCGAGCCCGAAUUAAUCCACUACAUUAUUUCUCCAGAAAGAUGAGCCUCGACGCCGCCAUGGCCUUACUCUCUCCGGUCCCCAAGAACGCCGAGUUCGCGCAUCUCGUGCUAGUCGGGGCCGGGAUAUUCAAGAACCGCAUGAUCCACGCGUCCCUGGCCGUGGCGUCGGAGUUACUCAUGGAAGUUGAAGAGCAAGGGCCGGUGGAGUACAAUUCGCCCUCACAGAAACCUUCUGGAUAUAGAAAGAUGUUGAUGGAAGCGUUGAGAGAGGCGCUUCGGCAGUCUGCCGAACGGAUUCGACUUGGAGAGACGAAUGUUAAGCUACACAUGAAGUUGAGUAUAGCUAUGCGCCAGACAGAAGUAGCAGGCGAGAAUUCUUCCUCCAUGCAGCAGUUGGCUCAAAGCGCGAAGGAGAGCCUGGAGACUUCCUAUGCUACUAUUCAAGGGCGGGCAACUGCUGAAGGGGUCGACAUAGAGUCUGGAGGAAACGGCGGGAUGUCCGAGGACUUCGACCUGGAUGACUUCGAUCCAGAGAACUUCUCCCUUGGCUCCAACUUCAACUUGGACGACCUCUUCUUCCUUCCCGCUGAAUUUGAUAUGGAUGGCAUAGCGGUGCCUCCUCAAGUUUAA